GCGCGCCGCGCUCCCAGCUCCCCGCGCCGCGGCACUUCCUGCCUCCGGCGCCCGCGCCGCCCCGCGCCCGCGCCCGCCGCCUGCCGCCCGCCGCCCGGCUCUGCGCCCGCCGGCGCUCCCCGAGGUGCUCCCGGCCCCGCCGGGUCGCCGCCCCGCCCGCCGCCCCGCGAGCCGCUUUGUCUCGGGCGGGGCGCGCGGGAGAGGCCGCCAGGUGCCCCCCGCCGCGGGCCAGGGCCCCCCGCCCCGGGGCGGCAGCGGCGGUGCCGGGCCCCGGGGCGGGGGGCACGCCGCGAUGGGCCCCAAGCGGCGGCAGCUGACGUUCCGGGAGAAGUCGCGGAUCAUCCAGGAGGUGGAGGAGAACCCGGACCUGCGCAAGGGCGAGAUCGCGCGGCGCUUCAACAUCCCGCCGUCCACACUGAGCACCAUCCUGAAGAACAAGCGCGCCAUCCUGGCGUCGGAGCGCAAGUACGGCGUGGCCUCCACCUGCCGCAAGACCAACAAGCUGUCCCCGUACGACAAGCUCGAGGGCUUGCUCAUCGCCUGGUUCCAGCAGAUCCGCGCCGCCGGCCUGCCGGUCAAGGGCAUCAUCCUCAAGGAGAAAGCGCUGCGGAUCGCAGAGGAGCUGGGCAUGGAUGACUUCACUGCCUCCAACGGCUGGCUGGACCGCUUCCGCCGGCGGCACGGCGUGGUGUCCUGCAGUGGCGUACCCCGCGCCCGUGCACGGAACGCGGCGCCCCGGACCCCGGCGGCACCCGCCAGCCCGGCUGCCGUGCCCUCCGAGGGCAGCGGUGGGGGCACGGCAGGCUGGCGCGCUCGCGAGGAGCAGCCGCCGUCGGUGGCCGAGGGUUACGCUUCCCAGGACGUGUUCAGCGCCACCGAAACCAGCCUGUGGUACGACUUUCUGCCCGAGCAGGCCGCGGGGUUGUGCGGUGCUGGGGGCAGUGGUGGCGGUGGUGGCGACGGGAGGGCGCGCCAAGCCACCCAGCGCCUGAGUGUGUUGCUGUGCGCCAACGCCGACGGCAGCGAGAAGCUGCCCCCGCUGGUGGCCGGCAAGUCAGCCAAGCCCCGCGCGGGACAAGCCGGCCUGCCCUGCGACUACACGGCCAACUCCAAGGGUGGUGUCACUACCCAGGCCCUGGCCAAGUACUUGAAGGCAUUGGACGCCAGAAUGGCCGCAGAGUCCCGCCGGGUCCUGCUGCUGGCCGGCCGCCUGGCCGCCCAGUCCCUGGACACUUCAGGCCUGCGACACGUGCAGCUUGCCUUCUUCCCUCCAGGCACCGUGCAUCCCUUAGAGCGGGGAGUGGUCCAGCAGGUGAAGGGCCACUACCGCCAGGCCAUGCUGCUGAAGGCCAUGGCUGCGCUCGAGGGCCAGGAUCGCUCUGGCCUGCAGCUGGGCCUCAUGGAGGCCCUGCACUUCGUGGCCGCUGCCUGGCAGGCGGUGGAGCCUUCGGACAUUGCCGCGUGCUUCCGGGAGGCUGGCUUUGGGGGUGGCCCCAAUACCACCAUCACCGCUUCCCUCAAGAGCGAGGGGGAGGAGGAGGAGGAGGAGGAGGAGGAAGAAGAGGAAGAGGAGGAGGAAGAAGAGGGUGAAGGGGAGGAGGAGGAAGAGGAGGAGGAAGAAGGAGAGGAAGAGGAGGAAGGAGGGGAAGGAGAGGAAUUGGGAGAGGAAGAGGAAGUGGAGGAGGAGGGGGAUGUGGAUGACAGCGAUGAAGAAGAGGAGGAAGAGGAGGAAGAGGAAGAGAGUUCCUCUGAGGGUUUGGAGGCCGAGGACUGGGCCCAGGGAGUGGUGGAGGCCGCAGGCAGCUACGGGGGCUACGGCGCCCAGGAGGAGGCUCGGUGCCCUGCCCUGCACUUCCUGGAAGGCGAGGAGGACUCAGAAUCAGACAGCGAGGAGGAGGAAGGUGAGGAGGAGGAGGACGACGAUGACGACGAUGAGGAUGAGGAUGAGGAUGGCGAUGAGGUGCCUGUGCCCAGCUUCGGGGAGGCCAUGGCGUACUUUGCCAUGGUCAAGCGGUACCUGACCUCCUUCCCCAUUGACGACCGGGUGCAGAGCCACAUCCUGCACUUAGAACACGAUCUAGUCCACGUGACUAGGAAGAACCACGCCAGGCAGGCGGGAGUGCGGGCUCUGGGGCACCAAAGCUGAGCCUCUGCCUGGCCGUGCCCCUGGCCCUCACUGGCAGCGCCAGCCCAGGGCAGAGAAACCCCUGGGUCACUGCUGUGGAUGGAGCCAGAGGUGGGGCCAGUGGGGAGCCCUGCUCCCUGAAGGGCAGCAGGCAUGCCCCGGUCGGGCUGCGGCCAGCCU